AUGGUGCUGAUUCUGUUGUUGAUUCUGGUGGCUAAAGGUUACACAGUUGUUCGUUACAACCUGACCCGUAGCGCCAUCUUGAAGAUCUCAGUGUUCAUGAUUCUCUACAUUGCAGCCAUAGUUGUCAUGUUUGUCUGGGAAAAUAUUUUGUUUGACCCUGGUCUGGUCCUCUACCACUACGAGAGUCCUCCGGGAUAUGGAAUGCUGACAGUCAUUUUGAUUGGCUGGCUUUGGUUCACCAUGUCUGCUGUGUGUACGUUGAAACAUAACUCAUCCAAAACCAAAUUCUAUGUGCUAUUCUACACCAUCUACACAAUCUGGUUUUGGGCAGGUCCUGUUGUGGUCCUCAUCGCCAUGUUUGUGAUGGCCAAGUGGACCAGGGAGAAAACGGUCAACGGAGUUCAACAAUCGAUUGAGUUCAUGGGUCAUUUGUUUUUCCUGAUGCUGACAUUGCCUCACAGGGUCAACCACAACUUUCCUUAUCACAUCAGGACCACAAAGGAGAAACCUGUCAGUGAUCAACACAAACAACACUCCUCCGAGGACAGUAGUGACAUCAUCAACAAGCGAGCUCCAUUCCCAAGCAAAGGGUCAGAUCUGGUCAUCAUCACUAAAUCCAAAAGUUUGCAAGUGGAUGAAGAUAAUUUGGACUUAAUGUUGAGUACAGCUGCAGAUUUCGAUUGCCAUUCUGAUGGGAAGAUCUCUCUAAAUGUCUCUCAGAACAUAUAUUCAUACAGACUAUUCCUGCCUUUUGAUAAUGACUCCAGCGAUACUGACAGCACCAGCGUUGGAGACAACAGACCACUUCACGGGGACACUCCGCUCCAGCUUGGAUCCAUUAGCUUGAACACAAUAGAUGAAAGUAGCAGCCAUCUUUAA